GGUUUUCAUUUCCGGGUCUUUCAGCACUUCCGGGUUAGACUCCGGCGAAGCAGCCUCCCGCUGUUUGACUGGGCGACCUUGCGGCCCUUGGGCGGGCGAUUUCCUCGACUAAGCAAAGCAGCCGUCAUGGUGUCUUACUGGAGGCAAGCGGGGCUCAGCUACAUCCGCUACUCUCAGAUCUGUGCAGAAGCAGUAAGAGCAGCCCUGAAAACUCAGUUUAAAACAGAGGCAGAGAAAGCAGCUGGAAGCCAUGUAAAAAUUAUAAAACCCAAAAAGGAAUGACACAAAACCCAUUCUCUAAAAGGAAAAAUGACAACUCGUUGGUAUACUUAUGGACAGCCACUUCCCAUUUUGUGAAACCACCAUGUAUAUAUAUAUAUGAACCAUGCCAAUAAAUGAAACUUAAUGCAAAUGAUUUUAGUGAUUAUGUUUUAUCAAGCAAUAAUAAAAUAACUCUUCAAGGAAUUAAGCAGCCUAAGUUCUAUUGGACAGUAACUUAUUAAAAAGUUUUUUUUCAGUUUAAUGCCUGCUUUGAAUAAAAAGGUCACUGGUUACAGAAGAUGUUUGAAUCCUUUGGGGUAGAGAAAUAUUGAAAAUCAACAGGAAAUAUUCAGUGAAAGAAUUUAACGAUAACUUAAAUGAUCAUGCUUGCUUGGAAUUAAAUUCUAUUGAUUAAUUUAUUACUAGAUAUGUAGACAAAGAUGUACAAUCACACUUAUUUAGGUACCUUUAAAAUUUGAAAAAGCUAUACUUUAUCCUGGAAGUAAUAGUGAUACUUUAAAACAAAGCAAUUUAAGAAUACAAUGAGAUCUUUAUCAAAGAAAGUGUACUAAUAUGAUAUUUUGAAUAUUUUAAACUUACACUGAU